AUUGAUAGCUCGACACAUCUUAUAAAACGUUUAGGUCUGUGAAUAGAUUUAUUCAGUUCCUGAAGAAUCUCUCGGUUUGGUGCUUGGUAGAUUUUCACCAGUUUUAUUAAAAAUGUAUAACAAAGUGUUGUUCUUGAUUCUCACCCUGGCAAUUCUGACCGUUAAGAGCGCUCCUUUCCUGGGCCUAACAGGUAGUGGAUCCGGAACCGGAGGUCUGCUCAAUAAAGUUCAAGGGCUCGGUGAAAGGGUUUACAAUAGGAAUCGAGACUUUGUGAACGGUAUCAAUGAGAAGGUUUCCACUGUCCUGUUGAUUCCACUGUUGCCAACGAAAAAUAACAACGACGAGGAUGAGAUUCAACAGUUCAAUAUGCCUUUAGGAGAGGAGGAUCGGUUGGUGUAUUCGACGCGUGGGCUCAGUGAAAAAUACACGGAGCCAAAAUCGAGCAAUGGAGAACAACCAAAAGUGUGAUGGCAAGAAACUUGAAAAUCCGGAAAAAAACAAACAUGUUUUUUAUUUCCCACUGAUCCAGAAUCCCAACUAUUAGCAAAAACACUUUUCUAUACAAAAAUGGACCCAAUUAUUUCUAUAGGUCAAUGCAAAAAGUUUCACUUGAAACUAUAGAUCCUGAGUUUUGUGAGGAUUCGGUUAAACAUUGACCAUUGAGUUGCUUCAAAAACCCGUUAAAGGACUGGUUUUGUAACCAAGAUCAGUGAUGGUUGGAGAUAUUGAUAUAUUUUCUGCGUGUAGGGUGUUGAUUUGUGUGCUUAAAGUUGAUAAUUAGUGAGUAACACAUUACGGACCGCGAAAAAUUAUAAGCCUAGAAACACCGAAAUUCGGAAAUCUAUAUCUCAGAAAUCAAUCAAGUUUAUUUAUAAAAUAUAAUCCGUUUGAGUUAUCUUCAAGAGUAGCACACUAGCGAAAAACGAAAAAACAAGAUAUCUCGUAUUUGCUCCGCAAUAUGUUAAGUCUCUUAAGGUAAGUAGAAUGUAUUGUUCCAAAUAUCUUCCAAUAAAAAAAAAAUUGACAUCUGAGGAAAGAUGA